CUAAACACAGUAUGGGUUACUGGAAGUCAGCUGUUCUGGGAGAUACAAAAGACUAUUUACAUUCCACGAAUGGUCUGCUACACCCUCAAAACUGUAAUGGGUACAUUGCAGGUAAAAUCAACUUCUAGCGACUGAUAUACUGAGCAGCACUGAAGCUCCUGGAAAAAGGUCAUUGAUCACAGUGCACCAAGGGAUACUUGAUUCACAGUCAAGUGGGAAACAGUCGUCAUGAAUAAUCAAGAGGUUGUGGCUGUGCUAGAAGAGUGCAAGCAAAAGCUUGAAUCGCUCGCUUCAGAGGUGUCAACGCCGUCUGAGGAAGAGAAGAAUGACCACCAGUGGUGCAAAGAUUCGCUUCCAGAGGAUCUGACAAACCUGAUUCAGGAGGCAAAGGAAAUGAAGUGGCCCUUUGUGCCAGAGAGGUGGCAGUACAAACAGGCAACAUCCCCAGAAGACAAAACAAACCUACAAGAUAUCAUUAACCCAAGGCUGCGUGACUUACUGGUAUUCUUGAAGGCCUCCAUUGCAGUUGCCGACAGUGCUACAGCCGCAGCCAUCGUGUUCCUUAUUGACCGAUUUCUUUACUGGACAGAUGCCUCCACCAGGCUCCUGCGAGUUGCCAAGGCAUUGCAUAAAAUAUGGCCCGAUACACCAAUUGCACCACAAGUUGUUAUACGGCAAGCUCGCAUCUCGGUAAACUCAGGAAAGCUUUUAAAAGCAGAAUAUAUUUUAAGCAGUUUGAUCAUCAACAAAGGAACAACAGGUUCUUGGCAUUAUGCUAAUGAAAACGACAGAGUUCUUGUGCAGUCUGUGUGCGUACAGAUCAGAGGACAAAUUCUGCAGAAAUUGGGCUUGUGGUAUGAAGCAGCUGAGUUGAUUUGGGCCUCCAUUGUUGGGUUUUCUGAGCUGCCCAACCCAGACAAAAAGGGAAUAGCCACAUCUUUAGGUGUUUUGGCAGACAUUUUUAUUUCAAUGAGUGAAGAAAACUAUCAAAGGUUCAAAAAGAGUAGUAAUGUCUGUCUGAGUUUACUGGAAGAGUUUGAUCACCGGUUGCUGUCUGCGGCAGAGGCUUGCAAACUGGCUGCUACCUUCAGUUCAUACACUCCACUCUUUGUUCUCACCAAUCUGAACAUUCGUGGGACAUGCCUGUUAUCCUACAGUUUAUCAAAAGAAUGUCCCAAACAGAAUAGAUUGCAUUAUCUGUCAGAAGCAAAGGAGUCAUUUGAAAUUGGUCUUCUCACCAAGAAAAAAGGAGAACAAGUUACAAGCAAACAGGAACUUCACAGCUUUGUCAAAUCAGCCUAUAGUCUUUCAAUUGUACAUAGGUGGCUUCAUGGUGAUAAUGUUCGCAGUAAAGAGGUGACCCUACUAUGCAGAGAGGCAAUGGAGAAGCUAGCCAUGUAUAGUGUAUUAACAGACAAACAAGACAAAGGAAACCUUGCUAAUGAUAUCAUGUACCUGGUAGAAUCUUUGAAAGAGCAGCUAAUGGUAGAUGCUUUCUCAAAAUCAGAUGAAUGUUCUUACGUGCCUGACAGCUACAAGGACUGCUUGAAGAAAACCAUUGUGAAUGGAAAAGUGAGGUUCAGUGUUAUAUUGAACUUGUUUUCUUACCAUCACAAAUCAGUGUGUGACGCCUUUCAAAGUACCUGCAGAAAUCAGAAUGCAGGAGAAGUAGAAUCUGGAGUUUGUGUGACAGCCUUAAAAACCCUUGAUACGGUCAGUACAACAGAAGACAUUGAUUGCCCAACAACCGGAGAUAGUGACCCACGCAGCCGGAAACAUAACAGUAGGAGAAAGGGAAUUGAACGGUCUACGGCAAUAAACCAUUUGUCAGGUGAUGAGAAACGAAAGUCAUUCAGUAGGUCAAAUAACAGUAAUAGUUCUACCUCUGGUUCUUUGAAAUCAUGGUGCAACGUGUCAAAUUCCUCUUCCAGCUGGGAAUCAUUCGGUUUUAAUAAUGAACUGGAUGAGUUUAAAGAGUCUGGUAUAGAUGGAGGUAAAAUAGGUAGCCCUUGCUCUACAGCAGCAUCUGAUGACAUUGAUGAAAAUGGCCCAGGAGUAAGUAAAGAUCCAGAGGAUAUUUCUUUUGAGCACCUCUCUAUCCAUGAAACAGAGGAGGCAGGAUCUCGUCCCAAUAAUCAAAACACCCUGGUUAGUAACCGGACAAAUGAAUCGGAAACCUCUGUUAUUGGAAGCAGAUUGGCCACAACUGUGCCUGAUGUCAGAGGCCAAAAUCCAUGUUUGGGUGCUAAUUUCUUUGAGAUCUUUGACCCCACUGCUGAAACAGAGUCUGCCACCGAUACAACCAACCAUCCAACUGAUAUUGCAAAAAAUGACCAUUCAGUGAAACUAGAUCUUGCUGGAAAAAUGUUGUCUUGUGGAAUAGACCCAGAAGGUGAAACUGUAGACACCACAGCAGAUUUGUCAGUUAGUACACAUGAGCCUUCAACCCAGAUAUUCCCACAUCCUUCUACCAGUAAAAAUGUAGUCAAACACCAGCUCUCUGUUGUGUCUUCUGAAGAUGGAUUUGUUGCUCUUAAUAUGGAAACAAACUCACAGGAUGUGUAUGAAGUUAGUGUUCUCAAACGGCAACAGUCUGCAGACAGUUCAUCUAGCAAAAGAACUCUGCAACAACAGAAGAGCACACAUAGUGUAAGCUCAAAGUCCAACUACAGCAAUGUAUUUCCAGUUGAUUUUGCAUGUGAGACUACCGAGGAGGAAGUGGAUAAGUUAAACUUGAGUUUUACUAGUAGCCAUAGUUCUGGCUCCUGGAGCAAAUCCGCACAGUUUUCGAGCAGCCUUUCUGAUUCAAACUCUUUUCUAAACUCUAGUGGGAGUUCAUUUGUUUUCCUUAAAUUUGAUGAUUCAAAAUUAAUACGUCCACUGCCUCCAUUAGAUGAUAUGGAAUAUGAAAACCUUCUUUCAGGUGUUGAUAAUGAUUGGCUUCUGAAAAAGCUGGAGGGCACUGAGAAGAUAAAUUCUUUACCCCUGCACAGUGCAUACAAUGCUUUGCUUCUGAAGUUCUCCAAGAACUCAGAGUUGUGGACAGCCCAGGAAACGUUUGUGUACUUUGGUGAUUAUGUGGCCGUUUCUAAACCAGGUCAACAACGAAAUGCUUUCUGGAUUCACUGUUUACACCAGGACGAGACUUUGGGAAGAUAUGUUGGGAAAGAGUACAAGAAGCCGAGAAGUAUACUGUACCCUUUCAGUGAUGUUGAGCGCCAAAUGACAGCGCAAUACUAUGUGAAUGAAUUCAAUAAAAGGCUAUAUGAAUUGAAUGUACCCACACAGCUAUUUUACAUCCCUUCCUAUGUACUACUGAUUUUGGAAGAUAAAAAUAUUAAAGGAUGUGUAAGUGUGGAGCCGUAUGUUCUUGGAGAAUUUGUAAAAUUAUCUAAUAAUAAAGAGGUUGUCAAGACACAAUAUGAAGCAACUAAAUAUGGUUUAGCUUUUGGACAUUUUGCUUAUGAAUUUUCAGGUCACUCUGAUAUUGUGGUGGAUUUGCAAGGUUGGGUAACUGGAAAUAAGAACGGAGAAGCCCUUAUUUACCUCACUGAUCCCCAGAUCCAUUCUGUUAACAAUACCGCAGCUGGUUCAAGCACGAACAGAGAAGCAACGUGCACCAAUUUUGGAAAGAGAGGGAUAAGGUUUUUCUUUAGUAAACAACAUGCAGAGUGCAAUGAAAUUUGCCAUAGUCUUUCCUUAACAAGGCCUGAUCUAUCAAAUUUAUAAAACAAUAUAUCUAGGAAGCUUGGAUAGACUUGACUUGUUAUAAUAUUUGGUUCCAGUAUAAAAAAAUGUUUGAAAACUAUUUAAGAAAAAAAAAACUUUUUAAUGUUUUUUUCAAAGAUAAAUGUAGUAG